GAUAAUUUUUAUUUUCAUAACUUGGAUAUUACAGAAACUAUCAAAUAUAUUUCUGCAGAACUUUUUCUGCUUUGUACCUCUAUAGAAGAGAGAGGUCAUCACUGAGCAUGGUAAUUCUACGGUGAAGGCCUUUCAAAUAGAGGGAGGAGCCUCUCUCUUGUUGCGCGGGAAGAAAACUCACAGAGUUGAUUACUAAUCAGUGCGCUUGAAGAUGGAAAUCCAUCAGAAAAUUGACAAGAAAGCUAAGGUCCACCAACAAGUAGAAAAACUGCAGCAUAAGUACUGUGCCUUGAAAAGGAAGCAUGAGAUCUCUUUGUAGAAGAGGGAGGUCUGUCGUGGAGAGUGCAAGGACAAUGUCUUUGAAGCUUUUUCCUUCUCCGGGCAAAAGACUUGCGAGGUUGAAUUGGCUCUGUUGAAAUUGGAGAACAAAAUCCGCAAGAAAAAGGACAAGGAGGCUAGGUUGCAAAAAGAGCUGGAAAAACUGGAACAUAAGUAUUGUGCCUUGAAAGGGAAACAGAUUUCCAAGCAAAAGAGUGACAAAGCUGAGAAGUCCCUUGAGCAUGCAGUGCUGAACUAGAAAGAAGAAAUCUACUAGUACCGUGGAUUUCUCGAGAAGCUAAAGUUCAAGUGGAGCAAAGCUGAGAAGUCCCUUGAGCAUGCAGUGCUGAACUUGGAAGAAGAAACUGACAAGUGCCAUAGAGUUCUUGAGAAACUAAAGCUCAAGCAGAACAAAGCUGAGGAUGCAAAGCAGAACUUGAAAGAAGAAACUGACAAGUGUCAUGAACUUCUAGAGAAAAUGAGGCUCAAGAAGUCCCUUGAGGAUGAAGAGCAGAGCUUGGAAGAGGAAACUGACAAGUGCCAUGAACUUCUAGAGAAAAUGAAGCUCAAGAAGUCCCUUGAGGAUGAAGAGCAGAGCUUGGAAGAGGAAACUGACAAGUGUCAUGAACUUCUAGAGAAAAUGAAGCUCAAGAAGUCCCUUGAGGAUGAAGAGCAGAGCUUGGAAGAGGAAACUGACAAGUGUCAUGAACUUCUAGAGAAAAUGAAGCUCAAGAAGUCCCUUGAGGAUGAAGAGCAGAGCUUGGAAGAGAAAACUGACAAGUGUCAUGAACUUCUAGAGAAAAUGAAGCUCAAGAAGUCCCUUGAGGAUGAAGAGCAGAGCUUGGAAGAGGAAACUGACAAGUGCCAUGAACUUCUAGAGAAAAUGAAGCUCAAGAAGUCCCUUGAGGAUGAAGAGCAGAGCUUGGAAGAGGAAACUGACAAGUGUCAUGAACUUCUAGAGAAAAUGAAGCUCAAGAAGUCCCUUGAGGAUGAAGAGCAGAGCUUGGAAGAGGAAACUGACAAGUGUCAUGAACUUCUAGAGAAAAUGAAGCUCAAGAAGUCCCUUGAGGAUGAAGAGCAGAGCUUGGAAGAGGAAACUGACAAGUGUCAUGAACUUCUAGAGAAAAUGAAGCUCAAGAAGUCCCUUGAGGAUGAAGAGCAGAGCUUGGAAGAGGAAACUGACAAGUGUCAUGAACUUCUAGAGAAAAUGAAGCUCAAGAAGUCCCUUGAGGAUGAAGAGCAGAGCUUGGAAGAGGAAACUGACAAGUGUCAUGAACUUCUAGAGAAAAUGAAGCUCAAGAAGUCCCUUGAGGAUGAAGAGCAGAGCUUGGAAGAGGAAACUGACAAGUGUCAUGAACUUCUAGAGAAAAUGAAGCUCAAGAAGUCCCUUGAGGAUGAAGAGCAGAGCUUGGAAGAGGAAACUGACAAGUGUCAUGAACUUCUAGAGAAAAUGAAGCUCAAGAAGUCCCUUGAGGAUGAAGAGCAGAGCUUGGAAGAGGAAACUGACAAGUGUCAUGAACUUCUAGAGAAAAUGAAGCUCAAGAAGUCCCUUGAGGAUGAAGAGCAGAGCUUGGAAGAGGAAACUGACAAGUGUCAUGAACUUCUAGAGAAAAUGAAGCUCAAGACGGACAAAGCUGAGAAGUUCCUUGAGGAUGCAGAGCAGAACUUGGAAGAAGAAAUGGACAAGUUCAGUGAAAUUCUCGAGAAACUAAAGUUUGAGAGGAACAAAGCUGAGAACUUCCUUGUGGAUGAACAGCUGACCUUGGAAGAAGAAGCUAAAAAGUACUGCAGAAUUCUCAAGAAACUACAAAUGAAGAUGCAUAACGCUGGAAGUUGCCUUGAAGCCCUCUUUGGUGAAAAGCUGGACGAGGAAGAGGAAGUUCAGGAGUCACACAAGAAAACAAACUUUAAUUUAUAUAUGCUUCUGCGGUGUCUUGACCUGUUAGUCAGUGUGUAUACCCCGAGCCAUAGAAAGGGUCUCCAGCUGGAGAAGGAUAUAGCUUGCAAGAAGAAGAAGAUUCAAAAGAAGCUCGAAGAGGAUGCUUUACUCCACGUCUAA